CAGGACUAUGGCUGCGAGCAGGAGGCUGAGAGGUGUGAGCGCGAGGAGCCGCACGCCAGCUGUGUAGGAGCGGGCUCGAGCGCGUGAAGAGGCAGCAUGUCUCUGUUCAAGGCCCGUGAUUGGUGGUCGGCGGCGCUCGGCGAGGGGGAGGAGUUUGACCAGGGAUGCCUAUGUGUCGGAGACGUGGACAACAGUGGAACAGGACAUGACAAGGUGGUGGUGGGCAGCUACAUGGGGAUGCUGCGGAUAUUCUCCCCACAUGCCAACAACAAGACCAGCGAGGGGGCUCUGGCCGAGGCCCUGCUUCUAGAAGUCCAGCUGCAAAACGCCAUCGUCCAAGUGGAAGUGGGCAAGUUUGUCUCGUGUUCGGACCUCCUUCAUCUGGCUGUUCUUCACCCCAGGAAGUGUUCAAUCUACUCUGUUUCAGGCACUGCAGGGAACGUGGAGCACGGUGACCAGUACCAGCUGAAGUUGGUUUACGAGCACAACCUGAAGAGGACGGUCUGCAACAUGACAUACGGCACCUUUGGAGGCGUCACAGGUCACCACUCGCUGUGUCUCCAGUCGAUGGACGGGAUGCUGAUGUUCUUCGAGCAGGACAGCUACACCUUCGGCAGGUUCCUCCCUGGGUUCCUGCUGCCCGGCCCGCUGGUCUACAACCCCAGAACAGACAGCUUCCUCACCGUGUCCUCUGCUCGCCAGCUGGAGAGCUACAAGUAUGAGACUCUGGCCGUGGCCACAGAUGCAGAGACUCGACAGGAUCCAGACCUGCCCCUCAAGACCGGAGGCAAGAGGCUGACGCCCGACUGGACGUUUGUCCUGGGAGAACAGGCCCUGGACCUGUGUGUGCCCUCGUACUCACACGCCUCCUCCUCCAUCUUCGUUCUGGGUGAGAGGAACCUCUACUGUCUCCGCGACAACGGCCACAUCCGCUUCAUGAAGAAGCUGGAGUUCAACCCCAGCUGCUUCCUGCCCUACGCCUCAGUGACGGAUGGCACGACCAACCUGUUGCUAGGCAACCACACCAACAUGCUGCUGGUUUACCAGGACGUGACCCUGAAGUGGGCGGCCCAGCUCUCCUUCGUGCCCGUGGCCGUGCGCGUCGCCAACUUCCCGGAGAUAAAAGGAGUGGUGGUCAGCCUGAGCUCCGACGGUCACCUCCUCUGCUCCUACAUGGGUACGGACCCCUCCUUCUUCUCCACGCCCAAAGUGGACGCCAGGGAGGCCGACUACGAGCAGGUGGAUGCUGAGAUGAAGAAGCUGCAGAGGUUCAUCAGAGAGGCCACCAGGACUCAGGACAUCCUGCCUAAAGCCGACGUGGAGGAGGACCUGCUCAUUAAAGCCACCGUGUCCUCCAGCAUGGACAGCCCAUCGCAAGCCCUGAUCCAAGAUAUCGACGGUCUGCCCGUCCCUUCAGUGACCGUACAGGUGAAGGUGAAGGCCCGUUGUGUUGUUCAGUCGUCUAAAGUGACCGUCGCCCUUCAGCCUCCUUUGGCCGUCACUCAGGACCAGUUUGUGCUGGAGCCCAUGGGUGUUGGUUCCUCCACCGUUAUGGCGUUUUCGGCUUUCCUCAACGGACACUACCCCGCCGCUGACCUGACCGGAGACAUCACCGUGUCCUACAGCUCGCCGACAGGAGUUCCCAAGGUUCUCCAGUCCAGGUUCAGUCUUCCUCUGGCGUUGCUGUGUGUUCCUUCCUCUCCGGCCAAAACCACCAAGUUUAAGAUCACCGUGGACACCAACCAGCCACCGGUCGACCUCAACUCCAUCUUCCCCGAGUUUGCAGCGAAAUCCGAAGAUAAGGACGGGAAUAGUUUGGCUUUCCAGUUCCUGUCAGGAGCCAAGGUUACCGUGCUGGCCUCCAAGACCUCCCAGCGUUACCGCAUUCAGAGCGACCGUUUUGAGGACAUGUGGAUGGUGGUGAAGGAGCUGGUCCAGAGAUUCGACCAGCAUUUCUCCAAACUGGGAGUCAAAGAUUUCAAGAAAAGCUUCAGCGGACCGCUCCCCCUGCAGGAGUACUUCCUGUCUGUAGACCACCACUUCCAGCUGCGUGUCAGUGCUCUGCAGUACCAGGAUCUGCUGUCAGAGCGGGCUGUCCAGUUCAGAGCCAUCCAGCGCCGCCUGCUGACCCGAUUCAAAGACAAAACCCCGGCGCCGCUGCAGAACCUGGACACACUGCUGGACGCCACUUACAGCCAGGUGAUGGCGCUGGCGGAGGCCGCGGAGCAGAACCGGGCGCUACUGGACGAGGCGUUCGUCCGUCUGCGGAGCGCCACCCACCUCCUGGUGCUGCUGCUGUCUCUGUGGCAGGGCCUGACCCCCGACCAGACCGCCAUCCUGGAGGCCACGCUGCUGCCGCUGCUGCAGGACACGCCACAGCUGGGCUGGGAGGAGAGCUGCGACGCCGCCGUCUCCCACAUCCUGCGGAGCUGCCUCUCGCGGAGCCCCAAGGACCAGGCCACGUCUCUGGCCCAGCAGGGAGGCCCCGUUCUGGGCCUGCCCCGCGACACCGCCCGCCUCAAGAAGCACAUCACGCUGAUGUGCGACCGCAUCGGAAAGGGAGGCCGCCUCACCCUGGCCUCCGAGUCCAACGUCCCCGUACCCAUCCAGGUCCAGAACCUGGCUGCUCCCGGAGGUGUUGAGACCAUUGCAGAGGUGACUGGUGACGGAGACGAGCUGGAACUUCAACAGGAGGCGACCAAGUUCAUCAAGAAGAAACAGCCGUCUAAGAAAGUGAAGAAAGAUAAAGAGAAGAAGGAGGUGUCCAGGGAGUCGUCAGAGGCCAGCGUGAAAGAAGAAGUGGGAGGCGCCGAGGAGCCCGUCAAGGAGGCGAAAAAGGAGAAAAAGGAGCCAUCCAAGGAGAAGAAGGAGUCCAAGAAGGAUUCGAGCAAAGAGCCCAAGGAGGAGGCGAAGAAGGAGCCCAAGAAGGAGUCAUCAUCAUCGUCCACCUCCUCCAAGGAGAAGAAGGAGUCGUCAAAGGAGAAGAGGGAGAAGGACAAAGACAAGGAAGGGAAGGAGGCCACCAAGGAGUCAGGAGACAAGAAAGUUUCCAGGAAGUCGUCUACAAAAGUGAAAGAGAAGAAGAAGGAGCCGGAGGCUGCAGAGGGCUGACGAGGAGCGAUGCAAUACGAUCACAUGACGCACACGCACACGUAAACACGACCUCACAUACAUGUAAAUAUACACACACAUGUAUGUACAGUGUAAACAAGGCCACGCCACAUAUGUAUACUCACAUGUAAAUACACUUCUCAUGUGUCAGAAGCAAAGCGAUCAGAAGCAUAUUUACAUCGUCUAGUAAUAGCUGGCACGCACGC